AUGGCUUCCGUAUUCAAAGCACAGUCCAAGAAGGGCAAGGGAAAGGCGAGGGCCGAGGUGGACGAUACCCUCGCUGUGGCGACUACCGCCGCCACGCAGGAAGAUGGCGAGAAGGAAAAGGAGAAGCGGAGAAAGGACAAGGUGUUGAUGCUUUCGUCACGAGGGGUGACGCAGCGGAUGCGGCAUCUGAUGCAUGAUCUGGAGGUGUUGCUACCACAUAUCAAGAAGGACUCUAAGCUCGACUCCAAAUCCUCCCUUCACCUCCUUAACGAACUCGCCGACCUCCACUCGUGCAACAACACUCUCUACUUUGAGGCGAGGCGCCAUGAGGAUCUGUACCUCUGGCUCGCACGCAGUCCGAACGGACCCAGUGUCAAGUGCCACGUCCAGAAUGUGCACACAAUGGACGAGCUUAAGAUGACGGGGAAUUGCCUGAGGGGGUCGAGGGGGCUGGUGGUCUUCGAUGGAGGAUGGGAUAAGGAGGAGUGGGGAGGAUUGAUGAAGGAGAUGUUGACGCAUGUCUUCUCUACGCCGAAGACCUCACGCCGCCUCAAACCCUUCAUCGACCACCUCAUCCUCUUCUCCCUCCUCGACAACAAGAUCUGGUUCCGGAACUAUCAAGUCGUCGAGCGCGACCCCCUCGUCCCCCACGGACCGCCCACUACCGCCCUCAUCGAGAUUGGUCCUCGUUUCGUCCUCACCCCUAUUCGGAUAUUUGAGGGCGCAUUCGGCGGUCCCACGCUAUUCGCCAACCCCGAGUUCGUGAGCCCCGCGGCGGUCCGGAGGGGGAUCAAGAGGGAGAAGGGGGAGAAGUAUGGGGAGCGGAUGGGUAAAGAGCGGGAGAGGGAGGAGAGGGAGGAAAGGAGGAGAGAGGAGAUGCCGGUCGAUGAGCUGGAGAGGGGGAAGGUGUUUGCUUAG